GUCAUCGCGGAAGCUGUCUAUCUUGCUCGUUUGGCAGUUUCGCUGAAGUUCUUUCUUUUUACGUAAAAUAUUAAAAAAUAGUUGAAAGUGACCGAUUAUGGCAGGCAAAACCAAUGAAGAAGUUGAGCAACAGCAACAACAAAAUGAAAACGAAAAUCCCGAACAGACCCAAAGCCAAGAGCUGGCCGAACAGUCCAAUGCCCCGGAAACGAUCGAUCCAGAAUGUCUAAUCAAACAUCCGCUGCAGCACACCUGGACCCUGUGGUAUCUUGAAGCGGACCGUACGAAAUCGUGGACCGAUUCGAUGAACGAAGUAACCAGCUUCUCUACGGUGGAAGAUUUCUGGAGUCUGUACAAUCACAUUCGUGGACCGUCCGAGAUCAAGGUGGGCGGUGACUACAUGCUAUUCAAGUCGCACAUUCGUCCCAUGUGGGAAGACGAAGCGAACAAGCACGGUGGCCGAUGGACGCUAACCAUUCACAAACAUCUGUCGGACAAAUAUUGGCUGGAUACGGUGCUAUGCCUAAUCGGAGAAGCGUUCGAAUGUUCGGAUCAGAUUUGCGGUGCGAUCGUAAACGUUCGUCAGAGGAUUGAUAAAAUCUCCAUCUGGACUGCGAACUAUGAAAAUCGCGCAGCAGUAAUGCACAUUGGAAAAAUUUACAAGGAACGAUUAGGACUACGAGAUAACAUUCAUUAUCAACUUCACAAAGACACGAUGAUCAAAUCGUCCUCGUCCGGAACGAAAGCAACGUACACCGCUUAAUUGGGUUCAGUGUGUCCC